UCUCGAUCUCUCAGCUCUGUGCAACUCUGAACACACCCACACAUAUAUACUCAGAUACAUACAUACACACCACAAAAACCAAUUAUUUUCCAAUUUUAAGAAAAGUUUCUGUGUCUUUUUUUUUUUUUUUGGUGAUAAUUGAAACAUAUGAAACAAUCGUCGUCAUAGAAGCAGCAGAGAUUCACCUUCUUUCUUUAUCUUUCCCUCUCAGAAACAGGAAACAAAAUUCAAAAAGAACAAAAAAAAAAAGGUCAAACCAAAACGAUGGCGUUUCAUCACAAUCAUCUCUCACAAGACCUCUCCUUCAAUCAUUUCACCGACCAACACCAACCUCCACCUCCGCAACCGCCUCCUCCUCCUCCGCAACAGCAACAACAUUUCCAAGAAGCACCGCCUCCUAAUUGGUUAAACACAGCGCUUCUUCGUUCCUCAGAUAACAACAAUAACUUCCUCAACCUCCACACAGCCACCGCUAACACCACAACCGCAAGCAGCUCCGAUUCUCCUUCCUCCGCCGCCGCCGCCGCCGCUGCUAACCAGUGGCUAUCUCGCUCCUCCUCUUUCCUCCAACGAAACAACAACAACAACGCUUCCAUAGUCGGAGAUGGGAUCGAUGAUGUCACCGGAGGAGCAGACACUAUGAUUCAGGGAGAGAUGAAAACCGGCGGUGGAGAAAACAAAAACGACGGCGGAGGAGCUACGGCGGCGGAUGGAGUAGUGAGCUGGCAGAAUGCGAGACACAAGGCGGAGAUCCUUUCGCAUCCUCUUUACGAGCAGCUUUUGUCGGCGCACGUUGCUUGUUUGAGAAUCGCGACUCCGGUUGAUCAGCUUCCGAGAAUCGAUGCUCAGCUUGCUCAGUCUCAACACGUCGUCGCUAAAUACUCAGCUUUAGGCGCCGCCGCUCAAGGUCUCGUCGGCGACGAUAAAGAACUUGACCAGUUCAUGACACAUUAUGUGUUGCUACUGUGUUCAUUUAAAGAGCAAUUGCAACAACAUGUGCGUGUUCAUGCAAUGGAAGCUGUGAUGGCUUGUUGGGAGAUUGAGCAGUCUCUUCAAAGCUUAACAGGAGUGUCUCCUGGAGAAGGGAUGGGAGCAACAAUGUCUGACGAUGAAGAUGAACAAGUAGAGAGUGAUGCUAAUAUGUUCGAUGGGGGAUUAGAUGUGUUGGGUUUUGGUCCUUUGAUUCCUACUGAGAGUGAGAGGUCGUUGAUGGAAAGAGUUAGACAAGAACUUAAACAUGAACUCAAACAGGGUUACAAGGAGAAGAUAGUAGACAUAAGAGAGGAGAUAUUAAGGAAGAGAAGAGCUGGGAAGUUACCAGGAGAUACCACCUCUGUUCUCAAAGCUUGGUGGCAAUCUCAUUCCAAAUGGCCUUACCCUACUGAGGAAGAUAAGGCGAGGUUGGUGCAAGAGACAGGUUUGCAGCUAAAACAGAUAAACAAUUGGUUCAUCAAUCAGAGAAAGAGGAACUGGCAUAGCAAUCCAUCUUCUUCCACUGUAUUGAAGAACAAACGCAAAAGCAAUGCAGGUGACAAUAGCGGAAGAGAGCGGUUCGCGUAGAAACAACAAACAUAUGAUGUGAAUUGGGGAGGUGGAAGAUGGGAUUUGAAAGCAGGGUUUUAGGGAUUUAAAGUUGAGAAUUUUAUGGAGGAGUUUGGAUUAUACAGAGAGAGGGGACAGUAUUAGAAAGUAACUUUUUGUGCAAUUACAUAGUAACGUAGUUUGGUUAUGUGAUUAUGCCCAUAUAUUUUAUUAAGUAGCACACAAACCAAAAAGAAAAUAUGAAAACUGAAGAUGCAGGCUUUUGUUUAAUGUUUUUUGUUUGUUUGUCUGCAUGAGUUUUUUUUUUAUGAACCAUCAGAUAAUCAUCAUCAUCAUCCAUAAUAUAUCUUGUGAAUAAAGAUAGUGAGAGAGGAGAACAUUGGGAUGCACAAGUUUUCUUAAUCUACUAGUAUAUGUUACGCAUUGACCAGGUGCAUAUGUUAAUUUGUAUCGCACCACUUGGUUAGCUUAAUCUAUGUGACUAUUAUACAGUAUAUGUUUCGC